AUACCGAUCACUGACUAGAAUUUUAAUCUCUACAGAUCCAGCUUUAAUUUUCAAUAAGUACUCACCACUAAAUGCCAUUCCAUUUUUAUUUGAUUUAAUUGGUACUACGGAAUCUGGCGAGGAAACUCAAGAAAAGAUAGAACUAAACCCUUUACUAGAAAAUGAUGACAAUAUUGAAGUAUUAGAUCGCUAUGAAGCUCUAUUGGCAUUAACAAACUUGGCAGCUACUCCAACUUCUAAUGGGGAGGAGAUUUGUAAAUCGAUUUCUAAUACACCAAAAUAUUGGAAUUCAAUAGUAAAUUUAAUGCUAAAUGAGAAUCUAUUGAUUCAAAGAUCGACUCUGGAACUGAUCAGCAAUCUCAU